AUGACUUCUGCAUGUAACUCUUUCGCUCGUUGGGAACAUUUUAAAGCAACUUCACUGGAAUUUCUCUUCCGUCAUUUAAUAACCCAUAGUAGACAAUUCCAGAAUCUCCUCUGCCUAUUAUACACUUAA